UACUAUAUAGACAUAUUUUAGAUUGUAGAUUCACUCAUUUUGCUUCGUAUGUGACUCCUAGUGAAAUCUCUUAAGGCCUCGUUUGUUAGAAGGGGGUUGGGAGGGUUUGCAGGGGAUUAACCACGCGGGCCUGGUAAUCCUCAGAAAUCCCAACCAAGCCGUUUGAUGCACAGGGUUUUGAGUGGCCCAAACCCUUCGAUCCCCACCAACCCCCUUCGUUCCACACGAAACUGAACCCACGAGGUCCUACUCAUGGAACCCGACAACAAAGAGAUCGGGUGAGACGUUGAGAUCGUCCGAGUUUUAAUGCAGGGAAUUAGGAAGGGGAGGGAUUAGUGGGGAUUGGGUGAACGGGAGGGAAUCACCGAAUCCCCUACAAUCCUCGACCUCCUUGGGGCAGGAAAACCACCCUUGUCAAACGAAGCCUAAAAGACUUAUAUUUAGGAACGGAGGGAGUAUCAAGUUUUACAUGCAUGGUUAGUGCAGACUUAAUUAUUCAUGUUAUUGGACCAAACAUGUGGGGUUUAUUUUUUACAAAAAUAAUCUUGCCUAAGGUGUGGCUAGAACCAAACACCCACCUAGGUGUGGCAAUAUGUGACUAGAAACCAAACAAACGGGUUGGCCUUUGUUAAAAAAGACGGACACAAGCGUAAAGUCCCAAAUCUUUCAUGUAAUGGGUUUGCUGACCACAAGAGCCCAUCCUGACCAUGAAUGUGAAUGAACCCCGGAAAAAACUUAUUCAGACGUGAUGACGUUGCAACAACCUUGACAACGACUCCCUCAACCCUAACCCUUCCGAAACCCAUCUGAUGCAUAGAUCCGAGGUUCCCCCUUCGUCCCGCCACCAGAGCGAUCGACGGAGGGAGAUGGAACCACCGGCACACAAGGGCCCUGCUCGCCUGGCUAACCCUAAUUGCUAGCUUGGAGUUAGAAGAUACUCCUACUUGGAGUUAGAAGAUACUCCUACGUAACUUAGAAGUCAACACAUUUUAUCGUCAAAAAGAAAGAAAGAGAAAAAAAAGUCCACUUUGUCUUAAAAGCCAAAAAGCUGGGUGUUCUUCGAGUCCCAAAUCUUUUCAUAGAAUGAAAAGAGCCACCUCGGACCAACUGGAGACGGGACGCCCCGGAUGCGGUCCAAAAACCUUACAUAUAAUGGAGAGUCUCUGGUAGUCAAAUCCCGUGGUUGAAGCUAAUUAGAAAGGGGCCGUCCCAGAUGAGGUCGAUUGUGCUGGGCGUAGAACAACGCAAGUCUUGCCAGACCUCCUACAAGGAUGAUACAAGCCGGGGUGAAACAAGACGAGAGGCGAUAAGGUUGAUGAUGUGUCGCGGUAUUGAACCGGAUUGAUCUGCCGGCACAUGACUCUAUCUAUGGUCUGUUUGAAGAUCGUGGCGACACGUUUUGCUUGUGUGAAUUUGAAGUUUUUUUUUUGUGGAAGUGAGGAUUUGGAGUUUUGGUAACAGAGAAGGCAACACGUUUUAUUAUUAAAAAAAAAACAGAGAAGGCAACACGUUUUAUUGUAAAAAAAAAAGACAGCUUAAUGACGUGGAAACUACGCGGGAACUCGAACCGACCGAGCCAGCCUGGCUGAGAAAAACCCAAUCCGUGUUCGGGUCGGGUUCGAAAACCCUAAACCCAGCACUCAAAGAAAAAAAAGAGAAGAAAACCCUAAACCCAGAUCGAUCAGAUAGAGACCGUCUUCUCUUUCGCGGCGCUAGGCAACCCAGCAAUCCCCUGCUUUGCUCUCCGCUCCCGCGAAAUCGAGCUCCUGCUCCCGCGAAAUCGAGCUCCUGCUCCGGCGAAAUCCAAUCAACAUGCCGCGACACAGCCGCUGCAGCCGCCUGAGCCGCAUAUCCUCCAUCGCCGGCGGCGUCUCAGUCGGAGCUCUCCUGCUGUUAGCCGGAGGCCACAACGCCUACUCCCGCGCCCCGCUCUUCUCGUGGCCCCUUGGCCACGGCGCCCCCUUCACGCUCGGAGCCGACAGUCCGGCGCCCCCACCCUUCCCGUUCGCUGCCGACUUUUCUCCGUCGCCGUCGCCGUCGCCGCAAUACCAAUACUCGUCCUUCCGCCUCAGCGAUGACAGCCUCGCGCGCCGCCUUCUGCCCCUCCGCCUCCGCGCGCCGCAGCAGGACGAUGCGGUCCUCCUUCCCGACCAGGAGGUCCUGCUCCUGGACGACGCUGAGCCUACCGGCGACGCCAUCUGCGCCUUCCAGGGUGGGGCGUCCUCCCCGGCGAGACCGCUCGGGAGGUUGCCGGCGUCCGGGCUUCACGCAUACGUCUGCCGCCUCCCCGAACCAGCGCAGAGCUUCCAGCAGCUCCAAGCGCCGCUCUUACUCCACUCCUCCACCCCCUCGGCCGCCGCAGCUGCUCCAGAUUCCCCUUCCCCUUCCCCUUCUCCGGGCCGCGCACUGCUUAACUGGAGCAGCGACCCGAUAGUCUUCGACUCGUCUCUUCUGGACGGAGGCGAUGUGCUCGUCUUUGCUAAAGGAAUCAGCCACCGGCAGGAUCUUCAGUGUUUCUAUCGCUACAGCGACGGCGCCGAUACCAUCCUGGCAUCUUCACCCGCGAUCACUUCAGUCCAGCAAGUUACUCGCUGCCCCCCUGCCCCGACACCUAUGAAGUCAGGAGGAAGCACGUCGGGGGUUCUUGUCACAUUGGGUGUCACCGGCGAGGAUCCCAUGCCCUCCCUCGCAACCUUCCACCGACAGCAACCUGAAUCUUCUUCCGUGACACCUCAAAAGAGUUCAGUUUGCGCCUGCACAAUGGGACGCAACAUAGCCAAGUUCCUCGGGGAGUGGGCACUCUACCAUACUGCCAUCGGGGUGGAUCACUUCUUCAUCUACGACAAUGGUAGUGAGGACAAUCUGGCACAACGAGUGGCGCAGCUCAAAUCCACAGGGCUCAACAUCACAACCGUGCCAUGGCCCUGGACCAAGACUCAGGAAGCUGGUCUGUCUCAUUGCGCGGCCACACAGCAAGGUUCAUGCACAUGGAUGGCUGUCAUGGAUGUGGAUGAGUUCAUCUUUUCAACAAGCUGGAUAGGAUUAGAGAUGCCGUCAAAAUCUCUGCUAGACCCGGUCAUUGCAGUUGAUGACACCGUUGGCCAAAUAUACCUUGCGUGUUAUGAUUUUGCCCCUUCGGGCCAAACAGAACAUCCACCAGAGGGGGUCUGCCAGGGCUACACAUGCCGGUUGAAGAACCCGCAGAAGCACAAAUCCCUGGUCCGUCUCGACGCUGUGGAACCAUCCCUCAUGAAUGUGGUACAUCAUUUUAAGCUCAAGCCUGGUUUCAAAAGCAUCUGGACCGCCUUCGCACGUGUUAACCACUACAAGUACCAAGCUUGGUCGGAGUUCAAAGUCAAGUUCAAGAGGCGUGUCUCCGCUUAUGUGGCUGAUUGGAAAGAUCCGAUCAACCUCGACUCAAAGGACCGGGCUCCCGGCUUAGGAGUUGAUGACAAGGAACCGGAUGGCUGGGCCCAAAAAUUCUGCGAGGUCAAAGACAAUACCCUUCAGCUGUUAUCUGCAAGAUGGUUUGGUGUCGGGUUUCGGAACCCUCAUCAUUAGCUCCAGCCAGCUCAGGUAACACACACUGGUAAGAUCUAUCACCCCUCCUCCUCUUUUACAUAGUAAUUUCUGUUUAUUUAGAGUAAAAACACUAACAAAACGUAAAUCAAAACCACUUAGUUUUCCAGAAUUAAAAAUUAUCUCUUAAACUGGAUGGUAUACCUUUUAAAUAGGCUUUAGGUUGAUGGGGAAGCACUGUAAUACGCGUGUGUUGCUCAAUGAUGCAUACUCCCUCUAGACUAGUUUUGAAGAAGCCCCCAAAACACAACUUUUACUGCUUAUUUUUGUUAACUAUAGAACUCUCUGAAAUUAUACUUUAAAAAAAUACUUCAUGAGAGAUAACCUUUAUUUUUAUUAUACCUUACUGUAAAACUCUUCAAAAUAAUACUUUACUGAAAAA